GUCAAGAACCCAACCCCCUCGCUUUGAUCUCCUCAUACACCACAACGACGCCUCUACUUACACAUCCAGCAUCCGCAUAAAAGCCUCAAAGAGGCAAAUCCAAACAAUCAUGGCACUGAAAUUCCGCCGUCCAGCCGUGCCAAUACAGUGGCUCCUCCCUCUCCUGGUAGUCAACCUAUUCAUCAUCAGCCUCGGUCUCUCGAUAAGCGACUAUCCAUCCACAAAGCUAUUGCAGGAUGCCAUAUGCAAGCGCCACCUGGGCCUCACCUUCGACGAGCUCCUACCAGAGUCGCAAUGUCACGGUAGAGCCGUGCAGCGAGAGCUGAAUAUCAUUGAGAUUGGAGGGGCCAUCUCGGGCACACUUGCUGGUGCCUUGGUAUCUCUACCGCUCGGAAUGCUAGCCGACAGAGUUGGUCGUGUGCCUAUCCUAGCUCUGAGCAUUCUAAGCCUGUUCGUCUCUGAGAGCCUCUUCCUAUUCAUCUUAUGGAGGUGGCGACAGAUCCCCUUAAGAGCCACCUGGGCCUCUGGCGCCAUCUUGCUCCUCGGCGGAGGACAAGGAGUCGCAGAAGCCAUGGUCUUCACCAGCAUCUCAGAUGUGACCCCCGAGUCCAAACGGGCAACAUGCUUCCAAUGGGUCUCCGCCGCCGUGCUCUCCGCAGAACUCUUUGGCCCCCUCGUCGCCAGCCGCCUCACCGAUAUCUCCAUAUGGCACCCUCUCUGCAUCUCGCUCGGUCUUAUCGGUGUCGGUGGCAUCCUCCUGGUUACACUCAUGCCGGAAACACUGCACAGCCGUGACUCUCCUAUUCCAAUCGGAGAAGUCACUCCCAUAAUCCGCAAUAACCACCACAGCAGCGACGACAAUCUCGUCUCUAAAACGCCAAUGGAAUCUACCAAAUCCACUUUCAAGGCCCUCUCUCGUCGCCCAGCCGUACUCCUCCUUCCAGGCGCCAUCCUCGCCGUGCCAGCCGUCUCAACCCAGUACGGUAUAAUCAUGCGCCUCAUGCCCAUCCAAUUCGACUGGCCCCUCUCACGAGCUGCGCUCCUCCUCUCUCUCAACGCCGCCGUCACUCUCAUCACACUGCUUGUCAUCCUGCCUCUAGCAUCAUACACUCUCUAUAAGAAAACGUCAUCUUCCGCUCUCAAGCGAGACCGCAUCCUCGCCCGCAGCAGCGUCAUCCUCUUCGUUCUCGGCUCUUUUUUCCUGAUGAUGGUUGACAAGGCCAGCCUAAUCAUCAUUGGUGUCGUACUAUCUGGUCUUGGAUCUGGUGUGCCGACGUUGUGCCGUACGCUGCUCGUGGCUCACAUAGGCCAACAUAAGACGGGGGCCGUCUUUGGAGUAAUUGCUGCUGGUGAGGUCCUGGGGACAUUAGUAUGCGAGCUGGUUAUCGGUCCGCUCUUUAACGUUGGUCUUAGGACAUGGAUGGGCUUGCCCUUUUGUCUCGGGCUAGUCAUCUCGAUUGUGACAUGUUUGUUGACUUGGUUGGUUCGCAAGGUUGAUUAA